AUGUGUCAGCGACAGUGGGUUAAGUUUUACUGCGGUGAUUUACGUUAUGCUGAGAUCCGUUGCGACGAAAACCCAGCCGGUCAGUCAUUCGAGACUUGUGCCACUCGCCAGCUUACAGAACGAUUAAGGGACGCAAUGGGCCCGAUGGGUAAUCCCGAUCCAGGUCUGUAUCGCUCUCCAGGAAGGUGCAUCGAUUGGGGAAGAAUCCCCGGUAAGGUGUUUGGCCAUGUGAAGGACGUGGUAUUCGAUAAAUUCACUUGGAUUCCUUGCAGUAAGGAAUGGCAUGCCGCAAAUGCCGACCAUCUCAACAAUUUCGCUCCCAAUCUCUAUCAUGAUACGGCUUCAAGAAACAGUAAGACUAGAAGGCCUGGGCGCCCCCAAAAGAAACUGAAAGUGAAGCCCUGA